AUGAAUUCAAAAAGAAAUGAUGUGUUUAUCAUAAAUAAACCUCAUUUAUGUUAAAAUCAUAAUUAAAAACUUGUAUUAGUGUGUUCUGACCCACAAUGUUAGGAUCAUGGAUUGAUUUGUAUUGAUUGUUUACUUUAGAACCAUAAAAAUUGCAAAUCUUAUAUUAAGAAGUAUGAUGAAUUUUUGUGGAUAAUGUAAAAUACAAUGGAAAAAGUUCAAAAUUGGAAAGAGAAGGUAAAUAAUAGUAAAAUUUAAUAGAGAUUUAAAGAUGCCCAAUCUAUUUUAUUAAGUUUAGGAAAUUUAUAACCAAAAUUUAAUGAACUCAUUUAUUCAUUAUAAUUAGUAAUAGAAUAUAUAAUUUUUUUAGGAAAUUGAAACCUAUUUAUAAUAAGAGAAUUUAGAAUAAGAUGUUAGGAUAAUGAAGAAUUUAUUUUAGGCUAAUUUCGAAGAGGAAAAAGAAUUUAUAAAAGAGUUUAUUUAACAAUAAAAAAUCAUGUUUUAACAUGAAAAAGAAUAUUAAUGGGAAGUUAAAGGAAGUUAAAUAGUAGAAUGUUUGAAUUAAAUUGUUAAUGAUAUGUAUAAUUAGGAAUUUUAAGAAUAAUAAUAAACUAUAGAUUCAUAGAAAUAUCUAAAAGUAAAAGGAAUAGAUGAUUUAAAAGGGAUAACUAGUUAUAUUCCAAAACUUCGAUUAGAAUUGUAAUUAUAUAUAUAAUACAACUAGAUAAUAAAGUAAUUGGAGUGGUAUAGGAAAUAUAUUUCCAAAAUUUGUAGCUUUAAAUAGUUUGCAAAUUAAUGCCAUUAAAUCUCCUUUGAAGGCUCAAAGUUUAGAAGAAAUAAUAAAUGCAAUAUAAUAUUUACCUAAAUUAGAAAAAUUUAAAAUCAAUUUAAUAGGAUCACAUGCAAAUGAAUAAACUUUAUAAUUAAUUCUAAAAAUCAUUAGUAAUAAAAAUUUGACAGAAUUUGGAAUUUCUUUUGGAUAUAGUUAAAUUUUAUCAGAUGAUUUUAUAAGAUAGAUAAACUAAUUUAAAGAAUAAUUAAGAGGAAUAUCAAGGAUAUAUAUUAGUAAUCAACUACAUGAAUUUACUGAUUAAUAAUAAAAAUUGCUCAAAACAUACUUAAAUUAAAUUGAAUUUUUUGGAUGA